AUGAAGAUGAUUACUGACUUGACGAAGAAACCUACACCUCUUCCUCCCACAGAAAAACACGGCUCAGCUGUCAACAGAGCAGGAGCACUCCGAGAACACCUCAGACGGGAUAAAAACACCACUGCAAUUGCUACGGAGACCCAACAAUGCCUGUAUUUCCUGAAACAGAUUAGGAGAUUUGGGCAAUCACAAUUACCAGAUGACGUGCUGUUGAGCAUGUCCCGGUACAGUCAGAGCGGCGAUGGGCCCAUGGCAAGACCAGAGAUAGUUCUCCCGGGUGACAGGUCUCAGUCACACCCCUUCCUGGAUCUCAGAGGGUCCCGUCACCCCUGCAUCACCAAAACCUUCUUCGGUGAUGAUUUCAUCCCCAAUGACAUCUUCAUCGGUUGCCCUGGUGGUGAAGAAGAAGAGGGUCAAGAUAACGGUAAAGCACUUGCCCCAUGGGUACUAGUCACCGGGCCAAACAUGGGAGGCAAGUCCACCCUGAUGAGACAGGUGAGUCUGGUGGUGAUUUUGGCCCAGCUGGGCUGCUAUGUACCUGCUGAGAGUCUGCGUCUCUCUCCCGUGGACCGAGUCUUCACUCGUCUUGGCGCCUCUGAUCGUAUAAUGUCAGGUGAAAGUACGUUCUUUGUGGAGCUAAGCGAGACGGCCAGCAUCCUGCUGCAUGCCACCAACCACUCCCUCGUCCUGCUGGAUGAACUGGGCAGAGGUACGGCCACGUAUGACGGCACAGCCAUUGCGAGCGCAGUGGUGAAGGAGCUGUCAGAGAAGAUCUCCACUCAUUACCACUCACUGGUGGAGGACUACACCCAGGACCCCGCCAUCAGACUCGGACACAUUAUCACUUUCACCGCCUGUAUGGUGGAGAACGAGUGCGAGGACCCCAGUCAGGAGACCAUCACCUUCCUGUACAAGUUCAUCAGAGGCGCAUGUCCCAAAAGUUAUGGCUUCAACGCGGCUCGCCUGGCAAACAUCCCGGAGGAAGUCAUCCAGUCCGGCCAUAAGAAGGCCCGCGAGUUUGAGAGGAGCACCAUGUCUCUCAGGAUAUUCAAGAAGUUGUGCUCAUUUGCUGAAAAGCCCACCGCUGAUCACGAACGGGUCACAACAUUGGUUCGGAUGAUUGGCAACCUGUGA